AUGUCCUUCUCAGUCCGCGGAAAAAAUGCUAUUGUGACAGGUGCCAGCUCCGGCAUCAACCUUGCUUUUGCGAAAUUUUUAGCCUCUAAAGGGGCACAUGUUGUCGUCGCCGAUGUCCAGGAGACUCCUGCUUUCAAGGAUUUCCAACAAGAGGCGAAGUCGACCAAAGUACUCUUCCACAAGACAGACGUAUCAAAUUGGAAGGACUUGGAGAAGCUGUUUCUCUUCGCGAAGUCCGAGUUGGGACCUAUCGACCUGCUAUGUAACGGGGCUGGUGUCUUUGAACCGGACUGGUCAAGUUUCUGGAAAGACACAGAGACCGAAAGUUACAAAUCGUUCGAUAUCAAUGUGCAGGGCCUUGUCAAGGGAACGCGGAUGGCCAUUCGCGACCAGAUCACCAGAUCCAAAGGCAGGAAAUGCAACGAGACCGUGGGAGUCAUCCUCAAUAUUUCGUCGCUGGCCGCUCAAUAUGCCCUCUUUAACCAACCGCUCUAUGCCACCUCGAAGGCAGCUGUGUCCGCCUUCACGCGCUCCCUGGCGCCUUUGCAUCAGGAGUUUGGGAUAAAAGUCGUCGCGGUCGCCCCGGGCAUGGUCCUGACGCCACUGUGGAGCAACAACCCGGACAAAAUGAAGGCGAUUUCCGACGCCGACGUCUUUGCCACUCCGGAAGAGUUGGCCGAGACCAUGCUCAUGCUCGUGGAGAGCGCCGAGUACGAGGGAGGGACGGUUUUGGAGAAGCUGAAGCACACGACUAGGAGGGUGCUCGUUGACAGUCCGCUGCCGUCCGGACCCGGCUCCACAAUGAGCAAGAUGGAUCUGAUUUACGAGGAUACCAUUGCUCUCUUAGAGGCUGAGAGGAAAGGAAAUGCUGCCAAAUAA